UUACGCCAACUUGUUGUUUAACUGGACUCUGGCUUCUCUCUAGUCCCUUUUCUUUUUCCUUUUUUUUUUUAAAACUUGCUAAUUCCAUUGUGUUUCAAUGGUUAUCGAUCAGCUGUCACGGGUUGGUCUCUUAAGUUCAGCUAUAUAUAUAUAUAUAUAUAACCACCAAACCACUAUAUCAUUGAAACCCCGUAGUAUUGCGCCUAUUAUCGAUCUUCAAAGGAACCCUAAACCAAUAUGGGUUCCAAUAAGGUUGCCGCCACAUUCUUCAUUUGCAUGAUUUUCAUGGUCACGUCACUGCCGCCAUUAAUCCAUGCAUGCGGUCCAUGCACACAGCCACACCCUCCACGUCAUGAACAUCCUCCGCAGCCACCUUACCACCGCCCCAGCCCCGGCCACGGCGGCGGUGGCCAACCCAAAAUCCCUCCUCACCCAAAACCCCCCACCCACAAGAACCCUCCCCACCAUGGCGGCGGUGGCGGAGGCGGAGGAGGGGGAGGAGGAGGCCACCCAAAAGUCUCCCCGCCCUCCACAAACCCUCCAGUUAUCUCCCCGCCGGUCAUCAUAUCUCCUCCGAUCAUAACUCCUCCGGUGACCAACCCUCCUCCUUCCCCCACAUACCCACCUUACACCGGUCCACCGUCUCCUGGUGGCGGAGGCGGAGGAGGAGGAGGAGGUGGUGGUGGAGGUGGCGGCGGCGGUGGCGGAGGUGGAGGUGUAAGCCCAAUUACGCCCUCGCCACCGGCUUCACAGACUUGUCCCAUUGACGCGCUGAAGUUAGGGCUUUGCCUGGACGUUCUUGGUGGUUUGGUUCACAUUGGUUUGGGAGACCCAGUUCAGAAUACUUGCUGUCCGGUGCUUGGAGGAUUGCUUGAGCUUGAAGCAGCGGUUUGUCUGUGCACUGCAAUAAGAAUUAAGCUUCUUAACCUUAACAUAUUCAUCCCUCUUGCCCUUCAAGUUUUAAUCACCUGUGGAAAGACUCCUCCACCUGGUUUCGUUUGUCCUCCUCUCUAAAUGUGACUAGCAAGAAACUCAUGAUCAUGAUCAUGGUCCUCAUAAGUUUUGCUGUUAAUCAAGUACGUGUGCCCAAAGACAGGGUUUUAAUUAAACCCUAAUUGUCGGGUUUAUUCGAAGAUUGUGUUUGUUUUCCUUCUAAUUUAUGUUUUUUCCAUAAUAUUGUUGCAACCCUCAUGUUACUGCUUGGGGGUACUGCACAUUGUGAUCA